AAAAGGAAAAAAAUACACAGAAGAAAAUGGGAGUUUAGUGAUUUAUAGCAACAGGAAAUACAAAGGCUUUUUUUUUUUUUUUUGGGUUUUAACAAUGAUAAGAUGGCUAAAUCAGCUAAGAAAAGCUUUUGGCGCUUCAUUUCUAUGGCUCAUUUGCUUGAUUUACUUCACUCAGGGUUUCCGAUCCUUUGUGUGGACAGCAGUUUCUUACCAUCUUAAAGACAGGCUUGAGUUGUCGCCUUCAGCGUCCCAAUUUGUAUCUUCAGUAGCAUUUUUCCCAUGGAGUAUAAAACCAUUAUAUGGAAUUUUGUCAGAUUGCAUCCCGAUUAAGGGAAGAAAAAGGAUACCAUACCUAGUAAUUGCAACUCUUCUAUCUCUAGUGCCGUGGCCUAUUCUGGGAUUAAAUGCGACCUUGAGGAGUUCCAAAUGGCACCUUAUAGUCUUCUUGACUCUGCAAAACCUGGGCUCUGCCAUGGCAGAUGUGGUGGUAGAUGCAAUGAUUGCUGAGGCAGUAAGGUUUGAGCGGGCCUCAUUUGCAGGAGAUCUCCAGUCAAUAUCAUGGUUAUCCAUGGCUUUGGGUGGCAUUUGUGGCAGUUUGUUAGGAGGAUACGCAUUAACCAACUUACACAUUGAUACAAUUUUCCUUCUUUUUUCUGUACUGCCAACCAUACAGUUAUUAUCGUGUGGUUUGGUUAGGGAGAAUUCUAUAGGCAGUAAAGUUUUGUCCGAGUCAUCUAAUUCUGUAGGCAGCACCCAUAUGGUGAAUGGGAAUGGCAUUAACUUGGAUGAAGAUAUUUUCUUAGAAAAGAAGUCAAAUAGGAGCACCUCGAGAAGAAAGAAGAGCCAAAAGAAUAGUACAAAGAAGACAGCUAUUAAUACUAAAUCACAAAUCUCCGAGAAGGAUCCCUUUGCAUUGGGUUUGUUGCAGUCUUUGAAAGCAGCCACUUACAGUUUGUUACGCGCAUUUAGGCAGCCAAUCAUUUUGAGACCAAUGAUUUGGUUUUUCCUAGCACAUGUCACAGUUCCAAAUCUCUCAACAGUCAUGUUCUAUUACCAGACUGAGUACUUGAACUUGGACGCAUCCUUUUUGGGGACUACACGUGUUGUUGGAUGGUGGGGCCUCAUGCUUGGUACAUUCACUUACAAUCGCUACUUGAAGACAAUGAAGCUGCAGAAGAUUCUUUUGUUGGCUCAUAUUGGUUUGUCUUUCAUGAGCCUCUUAGAUAUGGUCUUAGUUUCUCGGAUCAGCCUUGCCUAUGGAAUUUCAGAUAAGAUCAUGGUCCUUUGUGGAUCUGCACUUGCUGAUGCAAUUAACCAAUUCAAGUUCAUGCCAUUCCUCAUUUUAUCUGGACAGUUAUGCCCACCUGGAAUUGAAGGAACUUUGUUUGCCCUCUUUAUGUCAAUAAACAACUUGGGUUCAACAUUCGGAUCGUUCACCGGCGCUGCACUGGCUUCAUUUUUGAACCUUUCACCAGGCUCAUUUGACAAUCUCUUUUUGGGCAUUGGCAUCCAAGUUCUUUGCACUUACAUUCCUGUUGCCUUAUUAUUUUUGAUACCAAAAGAAGCUACAGGGAUAUCAGCAUAGUUAGGAUUCAUUCCCAUUACAUACUAUUCUAGCAACAGAGAAUUUAUCAAAAUUUUGUGUCAGAAUUUUUUUGUCACUGCCUGAGUGCUGACUAGCCGCAGGCUGAAAUACACAGACAUGCACACCCAAUCAGAACAUAUGACUUGGAUGAUUUAUCCUUCAUAAUCUAGAAAUUUGGCUCUAGUCAUAUACACAAUGUAUAAGACCUUGUAAAUCAAAUUUGAUUAUUGAUUCAAUUUGAAAUACAAAAUGAAUUUAGUUCUUUU